AUGUCCGGACGUGGAAAAGGAGGCAAAGGCCUGGGGAAAGGAGGAGCGAAGCGCCACCGCAAAGUACUGCGAGAUAACAUCCAGGGGAUCACCAAGCCAGCUAUCCGCCGCUUGGCUCGCCGCGGCGGCGUGAAGAGAAUCUCCGGCCUCAUCUACGAGGAGACCCGCGGCGUCUUGAAGGUGUUCCUGGAGAAUGUCAUCCGCGACGCCGUCACUUACACCGAGCACGCCAAGCGGAAAACGGUCACCGCCAUGGAUGUGGUGUACGCAUUGAAGCGGCAGGGCCGCACUCUUUACGGCUUCGGCGGUUAG